GCCAGUUAGCAGAGCUGAUUCAGAGUAGGAAAAUUCUGCGUUUUAAAUAUUAUUUUGUCUGCUUGUUUUGCUUUUAUCCGUCGCUUGUAACUUUGCUAUGGUUUAUGGCUGAAGGAGUUGUGUUGUUUGGAGUUCAGAAGCUUUGGGAGCUUCUACAUCGAGAAUCUGCGAGACUAAAUGGAAGUGAUGAGGAAGUUGAUGAACUAAAGCGUCAGCUGGGAAGGUUACAGGCGUUAAUGAAAGAUGCAGAUGCCAGGAAACAUGAUAGUGAAAGGGUGAGGAACUUUUUGGAAGAUGUUAAGGACAUUGUUUAUGAUGCUGAGGAUGUAAUUGAAUCCUUUCUUCUGAAGAAAUUUAGAGGAAAAGAAAAAAGGAUCACAAGGCAUGCGAGAAGGCUUGCUUGCUUCUUAGUGGAUCGCUGGGAAUUUGCUUUAGAUAUUGAAGGCAUAACUAAGAGGAUCUCUGAGGUGAUUGAGGGAAUGCAGAGAUUUGGGAUACAACAGAUCAUCGAUGGCGGCAGUUUGUUGUCGCUGCAAGAAAGACAUAGGGAGCAAAAGGAGAUCCGGCAAACAUUUGCUAACAGUUCUGAAAGUGAUCUUGUGGGGAUGGAACAAAGUGUUGAAGCAUUGGCUGGUCAUUUAGUAGAGAAUGAUAACAUUCAAGUGGUUUCUAUAUCUGGCAUGGGAGGUCUUGGUAAAACCACUCUCGCAAGACAAGUCUUACAUCAUGACAUGGUACAACGUCAUUUUGAUGGAUUUGCAUGGGUCUGUGUUUCACAACAGUUUACGCAGAAGUAUGUUUGGCAGAGGAUCUGGAAAGAACUUCAACCACAUAAUGGGGAAAUUUCACAUAUGGACGAGCAUAUACUCCAGGGUAAACUAUUUAAAUUGUUGGAAACCGGUAGAUAUUUGGUUGUUCUUGAUGAUGUAUGGAAAGAAGAAGACUGGGACCGAAUCAAAGCAGUGUUUCCGCGGAAAAGAGGUUGGAAGAUACUACUUACUUCUCGCAAUGAAGGUGUUGGGGUACAUGCAGAUCCAGCAUGUUUUGGCUUUAGACCAAAAUUCCUUUCUCCCGAAGAAAGUUGGAAGCUAUGUGAGAAGAUAGUGUUUCAUAGGAGAGACGAAACUGGCACAACACUUUCAGAAGUAAGGGUUGAUGAAGAAAUGGAAUCCAUGGGGAAGGAAAUGGUCACAUAUUGUGGGGGACUACCAUUAGCCGUUAAAGUCUUGGGAGGCUUAUUAGCAAAGAAACAUACUUUCUCAGAGUGGAAAAGAGUAUAUGAAAAUAUUGGAACUCAGAUCGUAGGAGGGUCUAGCUUAGAUGACAACAAUCUCAAUUCUAUUAAUCGAGUAUUGUCUCUGAGCUAUGAAGAUUUGCCAAUGUGUUUAAAGCAUUGCUUCCUUUACCUAGCCCAUUUCCCCGAAGAUCACGAGAUAUAUGUGGAUAAGUUAUUCAAUUACUGGGCUUCAGAAGGAAUCAUAACAUCAUUUUACAAUGGAUCAACCAUCAGAGAUUGUGGAGAAGACUACCUUGAAGAGUUAGUGCGGAGAAAUAUGGUUACUAUUGACAAAAACUAUUUGUUUUCGAGAAGCAUAUAUUGUCAAAUGCAUGACAUGAUGAGAGAAGUAUGUGUAUCAAAAGCCAAAGAAGAGAACUUCCUAGAAAUUGUCAAAGUCCCUACAGGGUCCUCUACCAUCAGUUCUCAAUCUCCUAGUAGAUCUCGCAGACUCUCUGUACGUGGUGGCAAUGCCCUUCAAAAGCUGGGACAGACUAAUAAUAAAAAAGUCAGAUCAUUUUUGUUUUUUGGAGUCGAGGAUGGCAUUUGUAUACAGUCAGCAACUCCAGGCUUCCGAAGUUUACCAUUGCUCAGGGUGUUGGAUCUUUCUAGUGUAAAGUUUGACAGAGGGAAGUUACCAUCCAGCAUUGGAGAUCUCAUCCACUUGAGAUUCUUGAGCUUACACCGAGCUGGCGUAUCUCAUCUACCUUCAUCUCUGCGGAAUCUUAAGCUUCUGCUCUAUUUGAACUUACGUGUUGCUGAUGUAGAAUCAGUUCAUGUGCCAAACAUUUUGAAAGAGAUGCAAGAACUGAGGUAUCUCCAGUUACCUAUAUCAAUGCCUGAUAAAACAAAGUUGGAAUUGGGUGGUCUAGUGAACUUGGAGUCUUUGAUGAAUUUUUCAACAAAGUACAGUAGUGUGAGGGACCUCCUCCAUAUGACUAAGCUUAGGGAACUUAAGGUAUUUAUCAGUGAUGGGUGUACUUCUGAAACUCUGUCGUCAUCUCUCCGUCAAUUGAGAUACCUGGAGGCACUUCGUUUAUAUGAUAGGCAAGAAACUCGUGUGGCUUAUCAUAGGGGAGAAAUCGUUCUGGAUUGUAUUCAUCUAAAGGAACUAGAGUUGGCGAUGCAUAUGCCAAGGUUUCCUGAUCAAUACCAAUCCCAUCCACACCUUUCGCACAUAUAUCUAUGGUGUUGCAGCUUAGAGGAGGAUCCAAUGCCUAUUCUAGAAAAAUUGCUACAUUUGAAGUCGGUUAUAUUAGCAUUUGGCGCUUUCGUUGGGAGGAGAAUGGUGUGCUCAAAAGGCGGCUUUUCUCAAUUAUGUGCUCUAGAACUAAUUGGACAAGAGGAGUUGGAAGAGUGGAUAGUAGAAGAAGGGUCGAUGCCAUGCAUUCGUACUUUGACUAUAGAUAAAUGUAGAAAGUUGAAGGAGCUUUCGGAUGGGAUCAGAUACAUAACGUCCUUGAAGGAACUGAAAAUUGUAGGUAUGAAGGAGUGGAUGGAGAAACUGGUACCGUGUGGGGAAGAUUACUACAAAGUCCAAAAUGUUCUGAAUGUUCGAUUUAUCAAUUGUAACGUAUAAGGAGAAUAACCGGUAGCAAGUUCACUCUGUUUACUUGCUAGUUAUGCAUCCUAUUUUAUCUAGACCUCAGUAAGAAUUAUAACAAUGUCUUAAGAUAUUAUAAAAAAA